CCCAAUCCCGCAUCCACGUAAUUCUAGUCGCCGAAUAAAAAGUACUAAUCAGUUGUCUCGUUUCAUCCUACGUUAGCAUAGCAUAGCAUAGCGUAGGUCUAUUUACAACUACGACGAUCGAAACUAUAACUAAUUCCACAGUGAGUAUCCCACGCCAGUCGAACACUAUGCCUUCUAAUACGGAUAGGUUAUCCCUAAACCUGAUCUGGUGCUGUAUGCCUUGCCCGCAGCCGGAGAUGUCUAGCCCAACCACCCCAACCACCCCCACGUACCUUCGCAAUCGGUACAAUGCCCAGGUAAGAGAGAGCUUAGACCGCCGCCAGCGCCCGCUUCACCUCCCAGCUAAACUCGAAAACGAACAAACCGGCCUUCCGCUCCAGCCCAUCCACUCCGCUCCCGCAGAACCACAGCUCCCCCGCCCACCUCUCCCAACACACACCCGCCCGCGUCCCGGCCUUCCGCGCCAACGCUUCCCAACCACCUCCAACGGCGAGGACCCCCGCGCGAGCUGGAGCACAUCGAGUCUCGACGCGGCGGAGCUAGCGCAGGUCUUCAACACUAUCGCUACCGCCCUCGAACACGUGUCGUACGCGAUCUGCGGACUAGGCGCCCUCGUGGACCACGGGUUUACGGGGCGCCGCGUCGCGCGCGUGAGUAUCCUGUGCUCGGCGCACGCGAAAGACAACGUGCGCGCGUGGCUCGCGGCUAGUGGGUACGAUGCGUUUGCGGACUCGGUGGGGGUGCCGGUUAAAGGUAGUGGGAGAGGGAGUGGGAGUGGGAGUGGGAGAGGGAAGGUGUGUCGCGUGCGCAUAAAGUACCUGGACGACGGGUUCGAGAGGCUGGAGAAGGUGCGGUCUAGGGUGAGUGGUGCGUGGGUGCUGGGCUUGGCUAGUCAGUUGGAUCAUGCGGCGGCGGGGUAUGUGGAUUAUCUUCGUAGGAGGGGGGGGAGUGGUGGUGAUGAUGAUGAGGAGGAGGAGGAUAAGAGGAAGACGGAUUUGGCGCUGGAGACGAUUGCCGGUGAUAUCUUUUGGAUUCUGGAUAGGGCGGCGCGUACGAAUCAUAUUUUGGAGCCGAGAUUACUGCCUACGCUACUCGGUCAGGAAUUUUGGACCCCGUUUACAGACCGCUACGUCAACGCCAGGCCGGAGAUAGCGCGCGCAGGCAUCGACGUAGCGGCUGUGCUGUCGACGCACCGCGCGGAGCAGGCCGUUCGGGAACACGACGACAUGCUACGGUCGUACGGCGUAGACCCCCACGCCGAACUAGUAAGUAUCACCGCAGACGGCGUGGUCACGCAGCAGCCGCGCGGAUUCGAGGGCAUGCACACCCUGCGGGACAGUCACAGCGCCCAGCCUGCUCUUCUAGAAAAGAAGAAGAAGAAGAAACAGGUCAAGUUCCUAGACGGGCUGCGGCGGAGCUCGAGUAAGUCCCACACUGAGGGCUCGUCGUCGUCUAUAAAGGAAAGUAUUUCCCGCAGGAUGGGCUUGGCGCGCAGACAUACUUCGAAGGCUACGUUAAGUGAUCGGCCGGAAGACACGUUGUUGCCGCGGAGGCUUAGCGAGAUACCGAGGUCGUUUUCGACGAGCGGGGCGUGAGUGGGUGGGUGAGUGGGUGAGUGAGAAAAUGUACCUCCUAUGGUGGUAGGUAUGCAAGAGGUAUCAUACGUACGCUCCGAGCUUUAAGUUCUCUAUUGCGUAACGCCUAGGUGGUGCGUAAUGGUGUUCGAAUCCAACUAACUAUCAUGGCAAAGGGGGAAGAAUACACAUCAGGCGAGUGAGUGUAUACAUUCCACAGGAUAAAAGUCUGUGUAUAUCAAGCUCUAGAUUACAGUCCUAUCUCUCUUCCUAUACCAAGGUCCUGUUGAAGGCUUAAAGAGAGUCUUUACAGAGGUAUUCUAGCCCCUCUCAGUGCUACAUCUCGGAAGCUUUUGAUUUUGAGUCUUGAGAAUGCUUUAGACUUGGAAUGAAUAUGGUUCUUAGGUGGAACUCUUCGCUUACCAGAGUACAGUUGUGUUUCGAACACUGAGGAAGAAGAGGAUAUUGAAGAGGAAAAAACAGAACCUGGCUUACAAGUGACUUUUACUUUACCACUUGACCACCCAAUUCAUGUAGG